AUGACCCUUCUCGAUAAGGUCCUCCACUCACAUGGCCAGGCUAGUUCCGAGCCAUCUCACGACCUCAGCAGUUCCCAAAUUCAAAAUGCCGUAAUGGCUGCUGGUUCUGUUGUUGGCUCAAUGGGGGAAGGCUCUAUGGUCGGUGGCAUGGUGACAGGUGCUGUCGUGGGAGGCAUGGUGGGACAGCGAGUUCAACAGGCACAAAACCGCGCGAUCUAUAGUGCUUAG